AUGGCUGGUAAGCUAACACAACAUGUCAUCAUUCCAUCAACCAAGUACAGCGGUGGUGAUAGUUGUGAGUACUGGAUAAAUGAAUACACCUCCACAUUGGGUAUUGGAGUCUUCCACUCUGGAAUUGAGAUCUACGGCAGAGAGUUUGCCUACGGAGGACAUCCUUACCCUUUCAGUGGGAUUUUCGAGAUCACACCAGGCAGUGCUGUGGAGCUUGGAGAGACCUUUAAAUUCAAAGAAUCCAUUGCCUUGGGCACCACAGACUUCACUGAAGAAGAUGUGGAUAAAAUCAUGGAGGAACUGGGCAAAGAGUACAGGGGCAAUGCUUACCAUCUCAUGCACAAGAACUGCAAUCACUUCUCAGCUGCUCUGGCAGAGAUCCUGUGUGGGAAGGAAAUCCCACGUUGGGUGAACCGCUUGGCCUACUUUAGUUCCUGUAUUCCCUUUCUGCAAAGCUGCCUCCCUAAGGAAUGGCUGACCCCUGCGGCUCUGCAGACUCAUAUCAACCUUGGCCUUCAUAAGGAAGAGCAGGGAGACACAACAGAUGAAGAAUCCCCUUCGACUUCUGCAGCUGCUUCAGCCCCAGGCCCUUCGCGAACCUGCCGACAUACGAGGGUCUGACUGCCCGUGGAUGCAGCCCUCAACCCUCUUCUCCUACCCCACUGGUUGCUCCCCCAUUUUCUCCUGCAGCUGCUUGAGCUUUUUCCCAACAACCCUGUGGAGCAUCCUUUCCAGGACAAGAUGAAACCCUUGCCUCUUUUUCAAAGGACUGCUGUUACUUAAGAAAGCAACAUGUUACUCUAGAAUUGUAUCAAUAUGUGUCUGAGAUUAAACUCCUGGGGCUGACCUCCUCCAUAUUGUAAAAAGAAAGGAAAAAGUGCUGUGAUCUCCGGAAUAUGACACAGCAGCCUGAAGGGAAGCCAUACUGAGGACAGAAACUUCAUCUGGAACUCUUUUAAUUCUCUGCCUCCUGUCAUACAUGCAGAAGGCCUUCUCUCCCAUUCCUCCAAAGCAGUAUCUCCUUUAAAUAUCUCCUUUUUUACUGAAAGGAGGAACUAAAAUUAGAGCUUCACUUUCUCGUCCCUCAGACCAGCAGCAAGCUCCACUUAACUAUCUUCUCAUUCUUUUUAAAUCACUCGUUUCUUAAGCCACCGGAAGGAUCAAUGAAAGGUGCUCCUAUUCAAC